AUAUCAUAGUAGUUUCCAAAUACACAGCUAUUGACUUAACUUAAUCCCCAAGCAAAUUCCUCGCAGCUUUGUUCUCUCAACGACUCACAUAUAAGGCUAAGGCCUAUCCAAACACACUAAAUCCUCUCUGACUGAGUGUCUUUUCUCGAUGGCGAAACUGAAGAUAGCGGGCACAUGGGCAGGCAUACUAGAGGUUGAAUUGGAGGAGUGGACUGUACCCAUGUUGAGAGAAGAGGUGGCGAAGCGAUCAAGCUGUGGCGCUGAGUCGAUCAAUCUCAUAUGCGCAGGCAAGGUCUUGAAAGAUGGCGAUGGGACUGAGAAGUUGACCCAGUUGGGUGUCAAGAACAACGCUAAGAUACUUGCCAGUCGGGUCUGUGUUGAGGAGGGAAAGUCUUUGGGGGUGGAGUUGAUGGCUGAGGAGGAACGCUCUAACAGACUCAGCCGAGUCAAGGCAGCUGCCACAGCACUGGCCAAAAGGCAUGCAGAUGGUUCAUUACCAAUUGAAGACUUCAAUAUAGAACUUGAAGAUCAAAGUGGAAAGACAGUACAUUUGGGAUCUGAAACUGAUCAGCGGGCAGUCAUGAUGGGCCUGAUGCUUCACACAAAUGCAAAGCAACUAAUUAGGAGGGAGAAUUACAAAGAUGCAUUAGAAGUGCUUACCAUGGGAGAGGAGGCUUUCUCUCUGUGCAAUUCAAAGGUCAUUGAGCUGAUUGACAAUGUCCCAAUACUGCAAAUAGACAUGGUGUGGUGCUAUUUCAUGCUUCGAGACAUCAGAUGGCUCUCAGUGGCAGGAGCACGCCUGGAAAAGGCUAGAGAAGGAAUUGAACGUGCUCAUGGGAAGGACUCCUCUCGUGUCACACUCCUCCAAGCUGGUCGCCAUCCAGAGCUUGCAAUACAUUUAAGACUGGAGUUGCUGGAAGGGGUGGUGGCAUAUCACAGUGGUCAGUUUGAUAAAUCGAGGAAGGCAUUGACCUCUGCACAAGCAAAAUUCUCCCAGUUACAGGUGCCUGAUGAAGCCUUAUCACUUGUUAUGAGCAUGGGUUUUAAAGAACGUGAUUCAAAAAGAGCGCUGAGAAUGAGCAAUCAAGAUAUUGGAAGUGCUGUUGAUUUUCUGGUUGAGGAAAAGGCAAAGAGAGCACGAAAACGAGAGGAGGAUUUGAAGCGAAAAAACGAUAUAACGGAGCUAAAAAAGUAUGGAAUGACACCCUCAAAGAAAGCUGUGGAUCUCAAGAUAUUGAAUGAAUUGGUUUCCAUUGGGUUUGAGAAGGAGCUUGCAGCUGAAGCCCUUCGAAGAAAUGAAAAUGACUUUCAGCAGGCGCUGGAUAAUUUGACAAAUCCAGAAACUAAUUCUGCCAUGCAGGUGGACAUUGAAUCAAGGAAAAGGAAAAGGCAGCAGCGAGCAUCAGAAGCUGCAAUUGAACAGCUUGUACUUAUGGGCUUUGAAAGAUCAAGAGUGGUUGCAGCUCUUCAGGUUGGUGGCACUAUGGAGCAAGCAAUGCAUCUACUUCUCUCACAAUCUGAGUCGAACCCCUCAGUUGCUGCAGACAGCAAUCUAGAAUCUGAGCCAAACCCAACGAUUUCUGCUGAUAACAAUGCGAAUUCUUCCAUUCCAAUAAUUCCUGAUGCUGGAGGUCCUUCAACUGCCAGUGAAGUAGAAGAGCGGGAUGUAGAGAUGGAAGAUGAACUUGCUGAUGAACUAGCAAAAGGAGAUGCUUUAACAGACUAUGACAUUGAAGUCACUAAAGAAGGUGAGGCCAUAUCUGAGUACUUGGCUAUUCUGGAGUCAGCAGGCAAUAGUGAGAAGGCACCAUGCUGCUAAUGAGAAGAUAACUCUAGGCAAUUCUGCAUACUAGUGUCUACGUGUAUAGUGGGAUGGUAGAUAUCGAAUCUGCUUAGUUGUCAAAAGUUGUAGUCAUGGUACAUUAGAAUUCUACUAAUAUCAAAGUUCUAAUUGUCGUGACAUUAUCAUUUUUCUGUCAAUGCAUUAUAUUUUAUCCUGA